AUGGACAAACAAAAUACCCAGCACAGUACUUUCAAUGAUAAAAAUGGUCAAAUUAAAUCAAAAUCUGUACUAAAGUUGUCAACAGUUCAGACACCCAAUUAUAUUCGCCACAAGCUUCAUACUAAUCUAAAUUUACCACCACCAAAUUGGUUAUCUGAAAAAGCAGAAUCCUAUGGCAUGCGAUACAUGCCAUCUAGUGAUUUUCAUGGUUUUUCUAGUUUUCAAAUGGCUAAUGUGUUUCACGAAUGCAUAGGCAAAGUGGACAUUAUAUCAGAUACCAAAAAUAUCAAGAACUUGUGCAAAAUACCAUAUGAAAAAUCUGUGAGCAUGAUGGUACAUAAAAUUGAUAAGACAUUAUUGUUAGAUGAAUUUGAUGUUCAGAAAUACUUGGCUGUAGAAACCAACAAUGAAUGGGACUGGUUAAAAAAAUUCUUUUACAACAAUAUUGUAGGAUCUUCUGAUAUUGUGGUGAAAUGUAUCACUUAUAAGCAGAAUGGUCAUAAUAGUUUACAACAUAAAUCUUUGGUAUCAAAAUUUUUGCACCAUACAUUAGAUUCCCAUAAUGAUCAAAUAAAAAAUACAAUUUUUCAUAGUGAAACUUCUGUAUUACCAGCUCUACCCAAAAUUUCACCAGAAGAUGUAUUUUCAAAUAGUUCUCAAAUGCAUAAAUUAUUUAACAGACAUUUUUUAUGGAAUUUUGAAGGCAUGCAAAUGUUAAUAGGUACAGAUUUACCAAUUUUUGGAAGUAGCAAUAAUUCAUCUUUAAGUUCAAGAUUGAGAGACAUGUCAAAACCUCUAAGUAUGUCAACUGGGAUUGAUUAUUGGCUAGAUAAUUUAAUGUGCAAUAUUCCUGAAACUGAAUUAUGUUAUCAUAUAAAAGGUAUUGUCCAAAAGUAUGAAUUAUUAAAAACUGAAAAUUUACCAUAUUUAAAUGGAUCAACAUUUUCACCAAAGAAUGUUAGUGAUAUUAUGCAAAAUACAAUAUCAUUUUUAAAAUCAAAUGCUAAUAGUGUUGGACAUACGUACUGGUUAUUUAAAGGAAAAAAUGAUGAUGUGGUAAAACUUUAUGAUUUGACAACAUUAUGUUCUAAAUCAUUAACUGAUAACCUAAAUCCAUUUGCCGUUCCAGUGGCUAUUUUGUUAUAUCGUGUUGCUUGUAAAUCAAAACAUAAUCCAGAAGAUAGAAAACUGUAUAAUCCAGUUACUAUUCAAUUUUUACUAAACAUUUGUCUACAAUUAGAUAAAACUAAAUAUCCUCAAAUUGUUACAUGUAUCAAUUACAUGUUAUCCGAAAUGUACAUCUCAAUCUAUAAUAAUCCAUCAACCACUGUAAUAGAAGAUUCAACUGAUGUGAAUGAGGACUCUGCUACUUUCCAUGAUGAUUCUGCCAUUUCAUCAGCUCAAUUUGACUGCGGGACCUAUUCUAUUGACAUACAAAGUUUAUGUAUAUCACAUAAUAAAGAAAAUAUAUCCUCCUCAAUACUGGAGUACCCUACGUCAAGAUAUUUAAUAAAAACAAUAGAAGAAUGUUAUUAUAAGGCAUUGUAUUAUAUUGGGAGCAGUUUGAGUGGCUUGCAAUAUUUUAAGAACGAUAAAGAUAUUAUGGACAAGACAAUUGGAAAGAAUAAUAUGCCAAGUUGCCAUAAUCCAUCCAAUGCUGAGGACAUUAGAAAUCACCUCAGGCUGUUACUCUAUAAAAAAGCAUCUGAUGCAUAUUUUAAUUUAGGCGAAAAAUGUCUUACAUCCAAAAAUUUUGGAAUAGCAUUAAAAUGUUUCCGCCGGUCACUUGAAUGUCAACUAUGUAUUACCAACACUGAUGUUAACCAUAUAUUCAUGCUUGUAUUAGAACGUUGUGGCAAUUGUUGUAUGUUUAUUUUUAAACAUUGGGAUAAAAUAGAACAGUACUCAAGCGAGCUUGAAACUGAUGAAAAGUAUGAUUUUGAACUAAAAAAAGCAUUGCUAAAUAGUUAUAAUUGUACUAACAAAGAUUUAAAUUUAAUACCAACAAGCCUCAAUAAUUCAAAAGAAAGCAUGUUGAGCGCAGCAGAACAUUGUUACUCACGUGCUUUGACAUUGGAAACAAAUAUUCAUGACAAGAAUAAUCUGAGUAAACAGAUAGGUAAUGUUUACAACGAAAACAUUAAAAUGUAUAUGGAAGAAAUAUUAAUGGCUAUAAGCAAUAAUAUUCCUCUAAGUCCUUUAAAGUUAAAAUUGUUUGCUAAAAAAUCGAAGACUUUUUGUACAUUGGGAAGUAAUAUAUUUAAAAAAGUUGAUGAUGAAGAUAAUUUUGCAAUAAUAAAUUCAAACUUGGAAAAUUUGUACGGAUACAUAGCACAUUAUUCAACAAAAUAUGUAGUACCUCUCAAUACAUUUAUAAAAACUGAGUUUUUUAAUUUUAAGGCUGGAAACGCUUACAAGAAAAGAUUGUCAGAGAUGGGUGACCGUAGUUCUAAUUCACAACAAUGGGAUAUGGUUUACUAUAAAUUAUCUUCAACUCUAUUCCAUAAAGCUGUAAACGAAUAUUUAGCCAUAUGUCGAUGCAAUUCUAGUAACUAUAGGGAAUGUAUCAAUUUGUUCAUGGAAGCUUUGAAAUAUUGCGAUCUAGAAAAUGAAUCGCCCAACAGAUUUGUAUAUGAGUAUCAAACAGCAUAUAUUCACUUUGGUCUAGCAUCUUUAUCUUCUGAUCGUUUAGGACAAUGUAUUACUAAGGAAUCUCCAGAGCUGCAUCCUGUUUUCAUUCAGAUCAAGUCUUACUGUAAUAUUUCAUUUGAAAUCUUUUUUAAAAUAGAGCGACCAUUGGAAUCUUUUGAGGUUCUCAUAAAAAUGAUAACAUUAGAUAUGCACUUAAUUGAUAGAACGAUAGGUCCAAGGUAUCUCAAAUAUGUGACGUCCAUUUUAGAAACAUUGAGAAAAUGUGUUGCCGUGUUUCAAAUGUUUUCGGAAAAUAAGGACACAAUAAAAUAUUCAUAUAGUGCUGAUCUAACUCAGGAGUUAGCUAUUGAAGAUGACUUACACUUUGAAAUGAGAAAAUUACAUUUUUUAUUAAUCCUAGAGGAAAAUGUACUUAAACUUUUGAAAUGUAUGAUCCAUCUAGCCUUGGAUAAAUCGUCAGUAAAGGAAAUAAAAUGGUUAGCGGACAAAGGAGAUGAACUGAAAAUCAUCUAUAGUGUAUUAUUAAGAAAUAGUGUUGGUGACAGUAAUUAUUCACAACUAAUGACAGCUGUAAAACAAUUAUCUACAUUUAAAUGA